CAAGAAGUGUUGGUCCACUCAUCAUUAGCUUGAGGGAGGCCUUUUCAGGGCAAGUCUUGAAAAAUUCAGAGUUCCAUGAUCUGAUGCGGUCAGGCAGGCACUUUAUCAAGACCCCGUGGAGUGUCAACUAGCAACAGACCCACCUGGCAAGAUUCUCGACACCUUGUAACGGUUUUAUUGGACAAAAGUAGUCAGCUAACUAGUGAAAAUCUGUAGAAUAUCGUCGACAAAUGCUUCUGUUAAAGCCACGUAGCUCUAGCUAUGCUAAUUUAUUUCACAAAUCAAGCUAGCUAGUUAGCUAGCUGCUACAGCAACUUUUAUCCAAGUAGCAGCGAGCUAGCAGUCAAGCAUCCCUCGCUAACUUAUGUGUUUUUUGUUAGCUGUCUAAAAAGGGGUGGCUAGUUGACUAAAAUUCAAAGACUCAUCCAACAGAUAUUUGUCUGUCCGUCAUAUUUCUGGAGCCAGCUAUCUUAAUUAAUUUAGCAAAACCGGCGUUUUGAGUUAGCGGGGUAGCUAGUUGAACAGUUUAAUCAGUUGGUCAUCAUCACUCGUCUAGCUAGCCACAGUAGCUUUCCUAGCCAAUCCGCUAACGUUACUUUGUUCGCUAGCUAGCAAGUACCGCCUGGCAGCUAGGUAGGUGCUGCGGACGACAUCCAGCCAGUUGCUAGCAUAGCCAACUAGCAAGCCAAAAUCCGAGUAGUUUUGUUGUUCUUUCUGUAUUAGAAAUGCCUGCAAUGCUGGAAAAGAGUGCUUCGGAAAUGUCAGGGAAAAGGAGGGGUAGGAAUACGGUUAACAAUCCUAACAAAAGUUUUGCCGCAAACGGGAAUAGCAACAAUUCAUGGGAGGAAGGAAGUUCGGGCUCCUCUAGUGAUGAUGAGCAUGGUAGUGGUGGUAUGAGAGUUGGAACUCAAUAUCAAGCCCUCGUGCCGGACUAUGAUCCAGAGAUUGCUAAAUUGGCUGAGGGGAGGGAAAACCUGGGCAUGCUGGUGUGGAUUCCUAGCCCAAACCUGGGAGAAGCUAAAUUGGAUGAAUACAUUACCAUAGCCAAAGAGAAGCAUGGUUACAACAUGGAACAAGCUCUGGGGAUGCUCUUUUGGCACAAACACAACAUUGAAAAGUCCCUGGCAGAUUUGCCCAACUUCACACCUUUCCCAGAUGAGUGGACAGUGGAGGACAAGGUCCUUUUUGAACAGGGCUUCAGCUUCCAUGGAAAAACUUUUCACCGAAUACAGCAGAUGCUACCAGACAAAUCCAUUGCCAGCUUGGUUAGAUUCUACUACUCUUGGAAAAAGACGCGGAGCAAAACCAGUGUCAUGGAUCGUCACGCGCGCAAGCAGAAGAGGGAACGGGAGGAGAGGUAUGAGAAUGAGGAUGAAGCCGAAGAACCCAAUGGAAAUGCUCCAAGCGAUGUGGAGUAUGAACCAAAUAAGGAAGAGAAAAAAGAGCUGGGUGCAGCGCCCGAGAAGCAGGAGCCAAAACCAGUGGCAGUGGUACUCAAGCCACCUACUGGCGUGGCAGAAAAACUGGCCCAUGUCAAGAAAGAACCACAGGGUCUUCCAGGGAAGAACCUGCACCGUUCUAAGAAGAAGCCUCCUAAAGGAAUGCAUUUGAGCCAGGGAGAUGUAGCGGCUAUGUCGACCAGCACCCCUGCUGCAGUUGGUGUGCUGCGGCAAAUGGACAUGGAGCUGGUUGCCAUCAAACGUCAGAUCCAAAGCAUCAAGCAGAAUAACAGUGCCUUGAAGGAGAAGCUUGACGUGGGUGUCGACAAAUUCAGAGUACCUGAGGUGACCCAGAAGUUCAACACUCGCUGGACAACAGAGGAGCAACUACUUGCUGUGCAAGCCAUCAGAAAAUAUGGACGGGACUUCCAGGCCAUCUCUGAUGUCAUUGGCAACAAAUCUGUAGUACAGGUGAAAAACUUCUUUGUCAACUACCGCCGUCGCUUCAAUCUGGAUGAGGUGCUACAGGAAUGGGAGGCCGAGCACGGGAUGGAGGGGGCAUCCAAAGGAGGGGAGGAGGAGAAAAUGGACACCUCACCAUCUCCCACUGAGGAUGGUGCCACCACCCCUGUACAACCAGAGGACCAAAAAGAGGAAUCACCACUAGUGGAGGUACAACAACCUCUGGCGUCCUGAGAGGUCAACCAUUAUGGAUUAUUCUGUCAGCGGAACUCUUCCCUUUUUACUACUGUUCUGUUCAGAAGAGGCGAUGAUCAAUCUGCACUGGUUACUCUUUGCCUGUGCGGGCCAAUUCAAUAAGGUCAUUCCUGUUACCUCUUUCCCAGUUCAAGGAUAUUUUGCAGCUGCCCAUCAAUUAACUUAUAGCACCAGGCUUCAACCGGAAUCCCAGUCAAAGAAACCAAGAUCAUCUGACUGCACUUUAUCCCAUCACUGUCUGUCACCUUGGUGAGAAGAGAAAUUAUUCUGUAUCAAACGUAACAUGUUUUUGUAUUUGGCUCCUUUUACCCUGCAACUGUCAGUCUCAAAAUUAGAUGAUCCCGGUUUGUCCUUCUGCCAACUCUACUUUUAAAGACAGAUUUUGGCUGUGUUGUAUUUAAUCCCAUUGCUCAAGUUCGCCUUAUGAAAUGACCCUUUGGAUAACUAUAGUUUUGUGCCCUGGAUGCGCUGGAACAAGAAUGCAAUGAGUAUGUCUUUACACCAAACUGCUAUAAAGAAAACAACACAAUGUAAGUUCUGUUUUGGAAAUGGAGAAAAGGCUGAGUUGGACAUGUUUUACCCCCUGUACACAAACAGCUAGACUAAGAGGAUGCUGUUUUAUUCUGUGACCCAGUGCAGGUUUAUCCAUCAUAAUCAGAAAAGCUCAAAAGAUUUUCUAUUGUCUUCUUCCUCCAUCCCUUUGCAGUAUUCUACAACUUCAGAUUGUCAUUGGUUGCAAAGUAAACACUACGAGCUACCUCCCUUCCUUUGCUUUUAACCUCAGCCCUCCCCAUUGCUGGUGACAUGAUAUGCACCUGAUGUUUUGUCAUAAAAGGCUCUUAAGAUGUGGCUCCAGCAUAAUGCCAGUAGGAUUUAGGAUCUUGGUGAAAAUGUUACGUACUGUUUAAUGAAGCCAUAUAUCCUUGGCAUGAUGAAUGUUGCCCCCGCAUAAGUCUCUACUGUUCUGACUUCCCAAGUUUAAAUGACAGUAAUGUGUAGAACGUAGAAUCCAACAGGUGCUUCCAUUGAAGAAAUAUACUAGAUGAUUCAUUUUAAAUGGUAGAGCACUGUUUGGUAUUCAGUAUAUUACCCAAACAAAUUACAGUAUGUUCUGGUGCAUAUUUAUGAAUACUGCAUUGUUUGGUUCAGUGAGAAGUUUAAGUAGGUUAAUGAGCAGUAAUUUUUACAUUUUAUUUGAAACAUUUUGAGUUCUGCUUAAGUGUUUUGGUCAAUUCUGACCCUGUCCCUUUCAAAGCAACCUGCCUAUGCUAUUAUACCGUUUUUACAAUACUGGUACCAUGAUUGUGAAGAAAUUAUGUGAAUGCCUGAGAUGGGGUUGAGGGUGUGUGCAGUUGUGAGAGUGUGAAUUUUAUUGCUGUCAUUUACCAUUGUGUAUUCAAUUUGCUCAUCAUUUAACCAUACAAUAAAUUUUGAAGGAUUUAUAGGGA